UACUAGUAGUAGGCUGAGAACCUGGCUCUCCAUACCACUACUUCUACUACUGCCCACUUUACUUUCAUUUCGCCGAGCUUGCUGAGAUCCGUCCGUUCGUACUCCAAUUUCCUCAGUUCGACAGGAACUCUAUUCGGUCGCGGCUAACCGCCGUAAAAGAGAUGCAAUUUUCGCGAACCCGCACCGGCUCGAUCGUUCUUCAUUUAUUUCUCUCCGUUUAAAUAAAAAAGCAUAAGAUAAUUUAAUGUUUUUGUUGUUGUUGUUGUGAAGAAGAAGGAAAACAUUGUUAACAGGAGGAAUACUAUUGUGAGUGAUAGCUAACCUGGUUGGAGGAUUACAAUAACUUACAUAUGCACGCGGUUUAUUUGGAAUGGUGUUAAAAAGUAAAAGUGAUUUGAGUGUAAUAAUGUCGGGCGAUUGUUGAACGUAAUGACGUUGACGAUGACAUGACGACGAUCUAAGUUAAAGAUUAGGGAGCAAGGAAAGGAUUUAAUUGGUGGGGAUGCCCGACGUUACCCGCACCGAUUCCCAAAGGUCGGACGCGUCUUCGACACUGCGACCGCGGGUUUCCUUCAACCGAGACGUACAUGUCAAGCGAAUCGUGCCGGGUAAAACGUCUCAUAAUAAUCGUGGACACCGUGGUGACGGAGGGAGUCAACAGUAUCAUGUGCCACUUGUGAAAAAAGAAAAACUCUCGAAAACAAAACAAGAACUUGCUGAAGAGGCUGCACUGGUGCUUGAACAAAUCGACAGUGUUGACUGUGUUUCAUCCAAAGACGGGCCACCUUCACAUCUUCGAUACAAAUCCCACACGCUCCCAAAGAAAUAUAAAUUCCCUUCAGACGUCGAUGUCUAUGAAACAAAACGAAAAUACAACGACGAAUUCGAUAUAAAUAACGACCACCCUCCCAAAAAGCCCCCUAGAACAUUCGCUUAUAGACAAACUCCCGAAAAGACAACCGAGAAAGUUUCGAUCAUAAAUUUAUUCAAAAAGGAUCACCAGGAUCAUCCCAGAAAGUCUAAUUUGAGACGCAGCGUUAGCGACGCUACGAAUUUAAAAUCGAAAUCUCUUAAGGCUAACAGACAGUCUGUCAGCGACACAGACGACGAACAUUAUGUGCACCAUUGUAAUAAAAAACAAUUGUCACCUAUAAUAGAAAACUCACCGAAGGAGGAUUACUUCGAAAACAAAGAGAAUAUCCCUAUCGAUAAUAAAGAAGACCGGAAAAGAAAAAGUCCGGAGAAUGCAACGAGAAUUCUGAAAGAUUACAUUAACGAACUCGAUAGGAAUUUUAAUAAAGAAGAACCCGUACGUAAAGUCGAUCCAGCUGUAGACGAUGACGUUAAGAUAAGUUCGAAGCCCGAAGUGAUAAUAAUAGACGUGGACAAGGCCAAAAAUAUUUCGAGAAAGAAAAGAAAACUGCCGAAAUUUAAAAAGAGAUCCAUCAAAAAUUUUAAUUUGUUCGGUCGUAAAAAGACGUCGCAAGCUAAAAAACAAUCGAAAUUACAACGAUCUCCAGCUUCAGACAAUCUAAGCGUCCAAAAACCCAGAUCGUUCGCGACAAGGGUGCAAAAUGAACACCCUCAUGAUGACGAUACCGCCCAAAUAGACCUCUAUCGGAUUGCCGAUAUAGAGCAUACCUCCCCUAAAAUAAAGGACACCAUCGCGACUUUGGAGCAGCAAAACCAUCGAAAUACCGAGAUGAUCCACAGCAGCCAGCAACCGCCGGAGAAGCUUCCUCUUACACGAGGUCUCACUGUAGAUACGAUGGUCAAGCGAUUGAGCAACGACAAAUACUCACCACCCCCUCCAAAAACGAACAUCUUGAUAACACCAACGGUUACCGUCCAGCACAAUAACAACCAGCCCUUUUCGUACAUCAGAGGUGUCAGUCCUGAUAAAAACUAUACUAGUCAUAGCAACAACGGUUCCAGAAGUCCGCAGAACAAAUGCAGUAGUCCUGUAAUAUACGCGCAAGUUGUUUGCGAUAAAGGACUAAACUCGAAUGGAAAACAAACCAUUCAUACGGCUUAUUCCAAUGGGAAGAAGCACAUGCCUCACUCUGAUUCAGAUGAAGGACUUGGAUGCGAAGAGAACGUCUUCGGAAGAAAAUAUGAACACAGUUACAACACCAGGACUUACACCGAGAGUGACAAAUUCGAGGAAGAAUAUCCUAUAACUCCAAAAUUCAAAAAAAUCGAAUACAACGGCUUUGGAAAUUUGGAAGAAUUCAGAAAAAUGGACUACAAAGAUUCUUCGGCCAGAGGGCAAGCAGACGGAAUGGAUUCGAAAAGGCGAGAAAGUUUCCGAGAACCGGAAAAUUUGGAUUUCAUCAAACCAAACUUCAACGAUCUAAGUACCAGAAGAGAUCUCCUCGAAUCCCGAAUAAAUCGGCGACUGCACGAAAAACCCUAUCGCACAUCUCCCGAACACGUCCUGAAACCCGUUGCCAUAAAUAGCACCUUUAUCACAGAAAAAACUUCAAAGCAUUACCGACACGGUUCUACAAGUCCUGUAGGUUUUACCGAAAAAUAUGUGACUGAAUCCAGAUACGACAAGGACGGCCAAACGCUACGAAACGACUACAGGAUACGGGAGAAUUUCGGGGAAAACAGUCCCGACAGUGCCGAAUACGAAAAACGUUACAAAUCCUCCAACUACAAUAACAGUUUCGAUAAUGAACCCACCAGCUUUGAUUCCCACAUCAGCGACUAUCGGUCUUCACCCGAAAAUUCUGGAAGACGUUUUGAAACUAGUCAAACUUACAAACACCACCACUCGAACAAAUACGCUUCUAAAGGGGACGGUCGGCUUCUACGUAGUCGGGAACAUUUCAAAUCUAACCCGGAAAUAACCCACAGGUCUUACGAAGAUCCGUUUCGGGAUAGAUACAACGAAUCGUAUCACGACUCUCUUCGUCGCGAAAAAUACGAGAAGGAUCGUCGCUCGCCUACUAAAUACCGCUCGGAAAGGUAUUUAGAAAGAAACGACAGUGAGAGAAAAGACAAAUUCGGCGAUUCAGGUAUCGAAAACGAUUUUAAAAGGGAUUCCGCGGAAAAUUUUAGGCCACGAUCGAGUCCCCAAAGGGAAUAUGACAGCGAAGACGAGGGUUUCGCCAGUUCUCUGUUAAUAGCAAGCGAAAGACAGCAUACCGACGACAGUUUCAAUACUAGAAAGCCAAAGAGGGAAUACGACUCCGACAGGGGGCUCAGGGAGAGCAGCAGUAAGAGCCGGGAAUGUCCCGUUAGGCCGGAAAGACGAUCCAACGAACGAGAAUAUAAAACGAAAGAGAUAAAACACGAAUACGUGCCGAGAGAACGGAGCAUUGACGAUGGUUCACAUUACGAUCCGAGGAUCGAUAAGGACUUGGAAAUGGGCAGAAGUACCUUAAAGAAAAUCGACUCGAAACCGCCCAAACCCGAGAAAAAGAGCAGUUUUGAAAAGGUAAAACAAUUGUUCCUGAGGGAUAGCAAAAAAAAGAAGGAGAAGAACAAAGAAAUGGUUCCAGUUGAAAAUUUACGUGCCAGAUAUAAAGAAUACAGCGGAAGCAAAGAAAAUUUGGAAUAUCGGAAAGAGAAAAAAGAAACCAAUGGUCUCAAAUCGAGCCACGACUACUUCAGCAGACGAAGAUUGUCAACUCCAAGUCCUAGUCCUACACGCGAAACUCCGAGAAAAAUCGAGCCCACACACGGCAGCUGGUUCAAGUCGUUAGAUAGACUAUCGCGCAAAAAACCGAAGAAGGAGUCGAAAACUGAAAAUCAAACGAGUACAGAAGACGAGUAUCUACCAAAACAAACUCCUACAAAAAAUCUUCGUUUCUUCGGGGAUACCGAUAUCGAAUCGAACGACAGCGUUCGCCAAAAGCCUUCUGCAAAAUACAGGAGCACUUUAUCGAGUGCCAAUAACGAGAGGAAUCGCAGCCAGUCUUCCCGAGAACUUCACAACAUCUCCGAAGAAACCAGAAGAAGUCCCAACGUGUAUACCAGGAAAAACAGUUACAAAUCGAUGGUCGACGUUUCCGAAUCGGACAGAGAUACGAGAGGAUCACGGCUUGCGAUGAAACCGCCCAUGUCACCCAGUCACAGGACCAACAGGGAAAUGUCCAAAAAUAGAGACGACAGAAGCAGGAGGAGACGAAACGAAGUGAGUUCGGUGGAGAGUUCCACUGAAGGAGAUAGCAGCCAGCAGUCGCAGAGGAGUGUCGUAUAUCUUCAUGCAGCAACAGUUGGCGAUAUACCGGGUCCUGGAUAUUUAAGGAACGGUCGCAGGGCAGCCUCUCGUGAAGAGCUUGCAUCGAACGGUUCCAGUCAAAUCCUUUCCCAAAAGAAGACUCUGAGCAGGUCAUUUUCGGUUCUGGCCCCGUGGAGACCUCGUCCCGUUCGAGAAAGUUACGACAUCGACUACACGCAGUAUCCAAAGACGACAAAGAACGGGAAAUACGAACAAAAGGUGGCACGAAACGGCACCAGCCGAAAGGAAAGUUCAUCGACGUUGAAGAAAAGAGCGAACGAAACAAAAAAGUCGAACCAAAACAACUCGACGUUGAGCAGAAGAUCGAGGAGCAAAGAGAGUCUGACGCAAACGUUGAGGCGAUCGAAAGACGACGUUUCGAAAGGCUCCUCGUCAACGUUGUACAAGAAAAAAGAGAGACAACCGAAAGAAAAUAAUCGCUACUACAGGGAAAGGGACGAUAAAAAAAUGUCCCAGAAGAGCAUGUCUGUGGAAUCCUUGGGAAGAAGGAACAACAACAAGGAAAACGGAUAUCACCACGACGUGUCCAGGUCCGUAUCGAUGCCACGCGAUCCGGAAAAGUCCGCUGGUUGGUUUAAAAUCCAAAAGAAGAAAAAGUCCCAGAGCACCCAACGACUGUGAUCUACAAUUGAUGCACGUUAAGCUGAAUCAACUUAAAGUACAUCACAAAAGGAUAGCUUUAGCAGAGUACAAUAUUACACACAGAACAAAAAGUGCCAUCUGCUCGUCAGUUCUCUCGGGUUUAAUGCGAACUGUUAAAUUUUUCGAGACGAACUCAAACACUAACAUACUUAUUAUUAUUAUUAAUUAAUCGAUUAAUUAACCCUACUAAGCACAUACCUAUUGUAUGUAUCUACUAAUUACCUAAAUACUGCAUAUUUUAUGUUUUUUUUGUACCUACACUUAACAAAACAAAACGAUUUGCUUUCUUUUUCAUUAUGUGCAAUAUUUCGGUAACCUAGUGAAAAGGAAUUCAAAUUUCUCAGGUACACAACUUCUUUUUUUUUUUUUUGAGGUAAUUUUUUGUCUUGUUAAUGCCUUUUUUUGUGGGCUAAAUCGUUUUUUGUUUCUAUUUUGUUUGUUUAUUUUACUAAUUGUAAGAAUAAAAACAAGUAAACUUUUGUCCAGGACAUGAACAAGACAAAUAAUUAAUUAAUUAUAUGUACAAUUACGUACAAUAAACUAAUUAACACUUUUCUAAGAGUAAAAACUUAAUUUUUUUCAUACAUAAACACAUGCCACAUUUUACGGUGCUAU